ACGGCCUCCGGAAGUUGUUGUUCUUCUUCGUGGGAGGAGGCGUGUGUUGCUUAGUGCCACGUUGAUGGAGCCCAGUGGGGACGUGGAGAUCCGACUGGAGUCUGCAGCCGGGGACCGGUAACCUCCUUUCUGCUUCUACAGACGUUAAUCCUGCGAGCAGAACCGAAACGGGAACUUGUUCUGGGCGGAGGACUGUUUGUUAUUUGUUUGUCACCUAUUUUUUUAUGUGUGCGUUCAUGUAAGAAGCAGCAGCAGAAGAAAGGAAGGAUGAAACUUAAAGAGAUCAAGCGUACAUCCAUCCAGAGCUGGAGUCCUGCACAGCACCACCCCAUCUACCUGGCAACAGGAACAUCAGCCCAGCAGCUGGACGCCUCCUUCAGCACUAAUGCCUCCUUGGAGUUUUUCGAGCUGGAUUUAGCUGAACCAUCACUGGACAUGAAAUCAUGUGGCAGCUUGUCCACCUCUCACAGAUACCACAAACUGGUUUGGGCUCCUUAUGGAAUGGACAACCAAAGUCACCCAUCCGGGGUCCUCAUCGCAGGAGGCGAGAACGGCAACGUCAUCCUGUACGACCCUGCGAAGAUCAUGGCGGGAGAGAGUGACGUCAUCAUCGCCGAGAGCGAUCGGCACACGGGACCAGUGAGAGCGCUCGAUGUCAACCCGUUCCAGACAAACCUGGUUGCAUCAGGCGGGAAUGAGUCUGAAAUCUAUAUCUGGGAUAUGAAUAACUUCGGCUCUCCAAUGACACCGGGACCUAAAACUCAGCCUCUGGAGGACAUCAGCUGUGUGUCGUGGAACAGACAGGUGCAACACAUCCUGGCGUCUGCCAGCCCCAGCGGCCGAGCCUCAGUGUGGGACCUCCGCAAGAACGACCUCAUUAUUAAAGUCAGCGACCACAGCAACAGAAUGCAUUGCUCCGGACUGGCUUGGAACCCAGAAGUGGCCACUCAGCUGGUCUUGUCCUCCGAGGACGAUCGGAUGCCGGUCAUCCAGAUGUGGGAUUUACGUUUUGCUACCUCUCCUCUCAAGAUUUUAGAGAAUCAUACACGGGGUGUCCUGUCCAUCGCCUGGAGUUUGGCUGAUCCCGAGCUGCUUCUGAGUUGCGGGAAGGACAACAGGAUACUGUGCUGGAAUCCAAACACAGCAGAGGUGCUGUACGAGUUGCCCACCAGCAGCCAGUGGUGCUUCGACAUCCAGUGGUGCCCCAGGAACCCCGCCGUGCUGUCGGCCGCGAGCUUCGACGGAUACAUCGACAUCUAUUCCAUCAUGGGAGGCAGCAACCAGGCGCAGAGCCAGAGACAGGCCGACCAGAUUAGUAACUCGUUCGGGAACAUGGAUCCUUUCGGGACGGGACAAACGUUGCCGCCGCUGCAGCUGCCUCAGACCGCUGCUCCUCCAGCGACAGUCAACCCCCUUAAGAAGCCCCCCAAGUGGAUCCGCAGACCCGUAGGAGCAUCGUUCGCCUUCGGCGGGAAGCUGGUAUCUCUGGAGAACACAAAGCCGAACCCUCAGCAGCCUCAGCAGCCCGCUUCACACGUCGUACACGUCAGCCAGGUCGUUACGGAAACGGCCUUUUUGAAGCGAUCCGAUCAGCUGCAGGCCACCCUGAGCGCUGGCAGCUUCGUGGAUUUCUGCCAGGAGAAGGUUGACGCGGCCGAAAAUGAGUUUGAAAGGACGGUUUGGUCUUUCCUCAAGGCUAAUUUUGAAAGUGAUAUCCGCAGCAAGUUCCUGGAACUUCUGGGCUACAACAAAGAGGAGCUAGCUUUAAAGAUUUCAGCAGCACUAGAGGAAAAACCUGCUGAUCCUCCAAAGGUGGACGUGCCUGCUCCAGCUAGCGUGCAGCCUGUUGCAGAUCUUCCGCCUGUCGACACUCCAGAGGCAGCGUUCGACAUGAUUGCCGCUGCGAACCUUCAGCCAGCCGCCACGCUCGAACUGGACUCCUCCGCUCCUGACCCCGACACCGAGGAGCCAGCUGCAGCGGAUCCAGAGGAUGCUCUUACUGGUGAACCAGAGGCAAAUGUGGACCAGGUUCUCCCAGAGGAGGCUGAGGAGAAGGCUGAGGAGGAUGUUGAGGUGGAGGCUGAGGAGGAUGUUGAGGUGGAGGCUGUGGAGGAGGUUGAGGAGAAGGCUGAGGAGGAGGCUAAGGUGGAGGAGGAGGAGAUCCCCCUGGAAGAGGAGACGGCAGCACCGGUGGAGGAGGAGCUCAUUCCUGCUGAGAGCGCGGCUCCAGUCGUGGAGCCCGCUGAGGUUCCAGCUCCUGCUCCAGCUCCAGCUCCUGCUCCAGCUCCUGCUCCAGCUCCUGCAGAAGGAGUCAGUCUCAGCAUCAGUCAAGAUGUGGACGGACUGAUCACACAAGCUCUGCUGACCGGAGACUUUGAGGGAGCCGUGGAGCUCUGUCUCCAUGACAACCGUAUGGCAGACAGCAUCAUCCUGGCCAUCGCCGGCGGGGCCGACCUCUUGGAGAGAACCCAGAAGAAGUAUUUCACAAAAACACACAGCAAGAUUACCAAGCUGAUCAGUGCAGUGGUGAUGAAGGACUGGCACGACAUCCUGAAGACGUGCGAGCUGCAGAACUGGAAGGAGGCUCUGGCUGCCGUCAUGACCUAUGCUCAGCCUGAGGAGUUCUCUUCUCUCUGUGACCUUCUCGGGGGCAGACUGGAGGCAGCGCAGGAGGCCCAGCUUCAAGCUCAGGCCUGUCUGUGUUACAUCUGUGCCGGUAACGUGGAGAAACUCGUGUCUUGCUGGACCAGAGCGCAGGACGGACACUGUCCACUCUCUCUGCAGGACCUGGUGGAGAAGGUGGUGGUGAUGCGUCGUGCGGUCGAGCUGACUCAGCGCUCUGGUCCCGCUGCUAUCGGCAUCCUGCUGGCUGAGAAGAUGAGCCAGUACGCCAACUUACUGGCCUCCCAGGGCAGCCUGUCCACCGCCAUCACCUACCUGCCUGACAACACCAACCAGGUCGCCGUGCAGCAGCUUCGCGACCGACUCAGUCGGGCUCUCGGGCAGCAGCAGGCGGCGGCGGCGGUCGCUCCUGCAGCUCCGGUUCAGACCCCGAGAGCUCAGACUCGGAUGCCGGCUCCUCAGGCUCAGCACGUCUCAACUCCUCUGCCCCGGCACCCGUUCACUCCGGUCCAGCCUGCCAUGGUGCCUCGGCCCAGCGUAGCACCUCCAGCUCCAAUGCCUACACCUGCCUCCGCACCAGCGCAACCACAGCCGCAGUAUUACCAACCAGUGAGGGCUGCCUCCACUGUCACCUCCUGGAGUAACCAAACUCCCACAGCCCUCCCCAAUGUUCCUCCUCCUCCGCAAGUAGGCACCGCCUCAGACCAGCAGGUGGAGCCUUCAAGCCCCUAUGGGCUGCCAGCCUCUGGCCCAGCUACUGCUCCUCCUCCAGCCUCCACCACUCCUGCCUACAUGUACUCCCAUCAGUACCAGCCCUACCCCCAGGUCAACCAAUACCCACCUGGAGCUGGGGGGGCACCUAUCUAUAACCCUCUUCAAUACUCUUCUGCUGCUCCACCUCCCGCUGAGCCCCCCGGCUUUCUCUCUCAGUACACGCAGCCCGUCCCCUCUCAGUCAGCACCCUUCUAUCCCGGGCAACCUCCUAUCAGCCAGUGCCUUUCCUCCUCUCUUCCCUCCAAUCGUCCUUUCUUUCCGACCGCCCCUUCCUCUUCCUCCUCCUUUGUUGCUCCUCCCUCCUCCUCCGGAGCGUCUUUCCAGCAUGGCGGGCCAGGAUCUCCUGUGUCGUACAUGCCGCCGCCGCCUCCACCGAGCGGAGUCUCAGGGCCUCAGAAUGGCUGGAACGACCCUCCAGCUCUGAGCAGACCACUAAAAAAGAAGCAGGUUCCAGCGCAGUACACCCCACCUGCCCCCAUCACUGCUCCCAUCAUGGCUCCACUGGGAGGUGACCCUCAGGCCCAGCCGGUGUCCUCUGGGGCCCCUCAGGCCAUGGUCCAGGGCCCGCAAGGGGUCCAGGGCCCGCACGGUGUCCAGGCCCCCUACUCAGGCAUGCACCAGCAGCAGCAGCAGCAGCAGCAGCUCCCCCCACAAACUAUGAACCCGGUAAUGCCCAAGACCAGUAUGGAGGGUGCACCAGGAGCACCUACAGGAGACGUCAUUCAGCCUCUGCAGUCCAUCCCUGCUGAGAAGAUCAUGAAGAAGCCUAUCCCUGACGAGCACCUGGUCCUGAAGACCACGUUCGAGGGUCUCAUCCAGAAGUGUUUGGCUGUAGCUACCGACCCUCAAACCAAGAGGAAGCUCGAUGAUGCCAACAAACGUUUGGAGGCGCUCUACGACAAACUCAGAGAGCAGACGCUCUCUCCCGCCAUCGUCGGAGGACUGCAUAACAUAGCCAGGAGUAUAGAGUCUCGAUCCUACACGGAGGGCCUCAACAUCCACACUCACAUCGUCAGUAGCAGCAACUUCAGCGAGACGUCGGCUUUUAUGCCCGUGCUCAAGGUGGUGCUGACACAAGCCAACAAACUCGGGGUCUGAGCAGAAAGA